AUGUCAAAUGUCACUAAUUUCACUCACUUCAUGUUGACGGCGUACCUGGACCUGGGCAUGUUCAGAUACCUGGUGUUCUUGCUGCUGCUGGUGCUGUACAUUAUGACUUUAAGCUCUAACCUGCUGCUCAUAUCGGUGAUAGUUCUGAACCGCACUUUGGCCCAGCCCAUGUACUUGUUCCUGUGCAGUCUUUUCCUGAGUGAACUGUACGGCUCCACCAUGUUGUUUCCAAUGCUCCUCCACCACGUGGUCUGGCAACUCCACCAAAUCUCUGUUUCUUUUUGUUUUCUACAGAUUUACUGCCUUCAUUCCUAUGCCACGAUUGAAUACCUCAAUCUGGCUGUUCUUUCGUACGAUCGUUACAUUGCCAUCUGCUUCCCCCUGCAGUACCACAGUCACAUGAACAGGGAUCGCAUGAUAAAACUUAUUGUCUCGGCAUGGCUUUAUGGAUUUUUCAUAGUUUUGACCACAGAAGGCAUUACUAUUACUCUAAAGCUGUGUGAUAAUAAAAUUCCUAAAGUGUACUGUGACAAUUACUCUGUUGUACGAAUGGCCUGCUCUGAUAUUUCGUAUGUAAACAUCCAUGGAUUAAUUGUUACCUUUGUCACCAUCGUCAUCCCAUUCCUCUACAUGCUCUACACCUAUGUGCGCAUCCUCAGAGUGUGUUUCUCCGGGUCCAAGUCUCUGCGGCAGAAGGCUCUGAGCACCUGUAUGCCUCACCUCGUGACCAUUCUCAAUUUCACCAUCGGGGGAAGCUUUGAGCUGGUGCAGAGCCGGUUCAACAUGGGUGGUACGCCCAUAGCCGUGAGGGUGUUCCUCUCUUUGUACUGCAUCUCCAGCCAGCCCCUCCUCAGCCCUCUCAUUUAUGGAUUCAACAUCUCUAAGCUUCGAUCUAUGUGCAAAGGGCUGCUACUCUCACGGCUGCACCAGAGGUAA